AAGUAAGAAAUCGCGCGUCAGUCUUUCAUAACCUACAACCGGCGGAAGAUCACGUUUUGUGUGCGGUCCCGGCGAGAAUUUUCGAGAAUAAAGGUUGGGAUAUCUUUUUGAAGUACUGAAAUAUCAUUCCAAUCAACACAAACAUGCUGCGCCUACCACGCGUUGUACGCCAAACUAUUUCAUUCCACAACGCUCAUCAAAUUUCAAGAUUUUAUGCCAAAGAUGUGAGGUUCGGCGCUGAUGUAAGAGCCCUCAUGUUGCAGGGCGUAGACGUCCUUGCGGACGCUGUUGCCGUCACAAUGGGCCCAAAAGGCCGAAAUGUGAUUCUAGAGCAAUCUUGGGGCUCACCAAAGAUUACAAAAGACGGUGUGACAGUUGCCAAGGGUGUCGAACUCAAAGACAAGUUCCAGAACAUUGGCGCAAAAUUAGUACAAAAUGUUGCAAACAACACAAACGAGGAGGCAGGAGACGGCACAACUACCGCCACAGUUCUCGCUAGGGCUAUUGCUAAGGAGGGCUUCGAAAAAAUCUCGAAGGGUGCCAACCCUAUCGAGAUCAGAAGAGGAGUCAUGCUUGCAGUAGACGCCGUAAAAGACAAACUGAAGGUUAUGUCGAAGCCGGUGACGACCCCUGAGGAGAUCGCACAAGUCGCCACCAUCUCCGCCAACGGUGACACCGCCAUCGGCAAGCUCAUCGCUGACGCCAUGAAGAAGGUCGGCAGGGACGGCGUGAUCACCGUCAAGGAUGGCAAGACUCUCACCGACGAACUGGAAAUCAUUGAAGGUAUGAAGUUCGACAGAGGUUAUAUUUCACCAUAUUUCAUCAACUCAUCAAAGGGAGCCAAAGUUGAGUUCCAGGAUGCUCUAGUGCUCUUCUCAGAGAAGAAAAUUAGCAAUGUACAGACCAUCAUCCCUGCUCUGGAACUGGCCAACCAGCAGAGAAAGCCUCUGGUCAUUGUAGCCGAAGAUGUUGACGGUGAAGCCCUGUCCACUCUGGUAGUAAACAGGUUGAAGAUUGGUCUGCAGGUAGCAGCUGUCAAGGCUCCAGGCUUUGGUGACAACCGCAAGGCAACCCUCAGCGACAUGGCUAUUGCCACUGGUGGUGUAGUCUUUGGAGAUGAUUCUAACCUAAUCCAAUUGGAAAACCUCCAGCAAUCUGACCUCGGCCAAGUAGGUGAGGUUGUCAUCACAAAGGACGACACACUUUUCCUUAAAGGUAAGGGUAAGAAGUCUGACAUUGACAGGAGGGCAGAACAGAUCCGUGACCAAAUCCAGGAGACAACCUCUGAGUAUGAAAAAGAAAAACUACAGGAGCGUCUUGCCAGGCUAGCCUCAGGUGUUGCUGUCCUACACGUUGGUGGCUCAAGUGAAGUAGAGGUCAAUGAGAAGAAAGACAGAGUCAAUGAUGCUUUGAAUGCAACCCGUGCUGCAGUUGAAGAAGGUAUUGUCCCCGGAGGUGGAUCUGCUCUCCUCAGAUGUAUCCCAGAACUUACCAACCUACAGACCGCAAACAGUGACCAGGCAACAGGAGUAGAAAUCGUUAAGAAAGCCCUCAGGAUGCCAUGCAUGACGAUCGCGCGCAAUGCCGGUAUCGAUGGUUCAGUCGUUGUCGCGAAGGUCGAGGACUUGGGCCCCGAAUAUGGUUAUGAUGCACUAAACAACGAAUAUGUCAACAUGAUUGAGAAGGGUAUCAUUGACCCCACCAAGGUCGUGAGGACAGCGCUAACAGACGCCAGUGGCGUCGCGUCCCUCCUCACCACCGCUGAAGCAGUGAUCUGUGACAUCCCACAAGAGAAGGAGCCUAACCCCAUGGCCGGCAUGGGAGGCAUGGGCGGUAUGGGUGGUAUGGGAGGAAUGAUGUAAGCUUCAUGAAAGGACAUCCAAAUGCAUUUAUUGUGUAAAGAGAACUGUUAUAGUAGUUACUGUUAUGGGUAUUGUCAUAAUAUCUGGUAGUUUGAUUGAUUUUAUACAAAUUGUGGAGUGAAUGUGUAUUUCCCAGUUUUAUUUUGAGUCUGAUUGUGUUACAAAUAUAGGAAGGCAAUUCUAUGUCUCGUUAGAAUUAUUUAGUUUAAUUUGCUUGAAUAGUGCGAGCAGUGUUAUUUUUAAAUAAAUAAUUAAUGUUUUUAA